AUGGCACCAGAGACGAAGGGUCAACGUUCAAUCAGUCACUUCUUUAAAAGUCAAAGCUCAAGUCAAAAGCUUAACAAGGAUGAUACCGAAUAUUCUGGUAAUAUAAUCGACUUAACUAAUGGCGAUGAGAAAGUUUCAUCUAGGUUGGCAAACUUCGAACAUAAACCAAACAAAAGUAGCAAAUCACCCAAUGAAUUAGAUACAAGCAAGAGAAAGAGCUCCAAAGAUAACGAGCAUGUUGAUGGAGAUCCAGAACCAGUUAAAAAGAAACCAAGAACUAGUCAGUCGCUUUCUAGAUCUAAGUCAAAACCACAAUCAGUUGGAUCAAAUAGUAAGAAAUUGACUCCAUUGGAAAAACAAUUCGUUGAAAUGAAACAAUCAAAUUUAGACAAGAUCCUUGCAAUUCAAGUUGGGUAUAAAUUUAAGUUCUUUGGAGAAGAUGCGGUGAUAGCUUCGAAGAUUCUAAGCAUCAUGCUAAUCCCAGGAAAUAUCAAGUUGGACGAAUAUCAACACGAUAGAUUUGCUUAUUGCUCUAUACCCGACAAUAGACUACACAUACAUUUAAAGAGGUUGUUAAACCAAGGAUUAAAGGUAGGUGUUGCAAAGCAAACAGAAACCGCAGCCAUUAAAUCGAUAGAUAGCACUAAUAAGAGUGGCUUAUUUGAAAGAGAAAUCACCGGGGUUUAUACUAAGGCUACGUAUAUGGGUGAUGAGUUGUUGACGGGGGAUCCUAACAUUAAUCGAACGAGCAUCACAGAUGAUGAAAUGGGUGAUUAUAUAUUUUGCAUUGACGAGCUGCAUUCAAAAGACAUUGGAAUGAUUGCAAUCCAACCAAUUACGGGGGAUAUAAUUUAUGAUACAUUUAAUGAUAAUGUUACAAGGGAUGAACUAGAAACGAGACUAGUAUACUUAAACCCCAGUGAGAUACUCGUUAUUAACAAUAGCACCGAAAUCUCUAAAGAAACGAUAAAGAUGAUUAACAUAGUGAAUAAUAAAGUCAACAUUAUUCAUAGACCAAGAAGACAGCAAACUGACUAUACCAAUGAGAUUUAUAAUUUUUUUAAUACAAUCGACGAGGGUAAAUAUAAAGACCUUGGAGAACAUUAUUUGUUAAAAUUUCCAAAUAAUAUCCAAUCGUGUAUGAUUGAACUCAUAAAAUACUUAGAGGAAUUUAAAUUAAGUAACAUAUUUACAAUAAUUAGCAAUGUCAGCUGCUUUUCAAAUUCUAAAACUUGCUUGGUAUUACCAAGUAGUACAGUACAGGCAUUGGAAAUAUUUCAAAACAUGACGGAUCCAAAUUCAAAUAAGGGUUCAUUAAUUUGGUUACUAAACCACACGCGUACAAGAAUGGGUAAUAGAUUACUAGUGAAAUGGAUAUCUAAACCAUUAAUAGAUAAGGCGCAAAUAGAAGAAAGGCUACAAGGGAUAGAAGAUUUAACCUUCAAAUUCAACCACUUUAUAGAUUCCUUGAAAAACCAACUAGAUAAGAUUGGUAAGGCAAGUAUUGAUUUAGAAAAAAACUUAAUUAAAGUUCAUUAUUCAUCUACUUAUCAACUUGAUAAGAUUAGCAGGAAGGAGGUCUAUUUAUUACUAAAAUGCUUUGACGAUAUUUUAUCAAUGAUUAAACAGUUUGGAAAACCAACAAAUAAUAUCUUGGAAUCCAUCCAUUCUCCUUUAUUAUUAAGAAUAUUCGAUGAAUUGAUGCAACUUGCGAAAGAGGAUACAGUGAGAUGUUUGCUUGAUAUGAUUUCAGCAGAUGCCUUGGACGAUUCGAAUUUAAAUGACCAAAAAAUAAAGUUUUUCAAUUUAAAUUAUUUUAAGGACCAACAGAUAAUCAGUCAGUUGAGUGAAAUACUGAAUGUUGAGUCGUUAUUAAAUGAUGAGUUAAUUGAAAUUCGAAAAAUGUUGAAGCGACCUCAACUAAAUUAUAUUACAAGCUCCAAAGAGACAUAUUUGGUUGAAGUUAGAAAUGGAAAAAUGGUUGACUCUUUACCGAAAGAUUGGAUUAAAAUAAAUGGAACUAAGACAGUAUCAAGAUUUAGAUCACCGGAAAUCACCAGAUUACACAAGCAGUUGCAAUACCAUAAUGACAUGUUAAUCAGAAAUUGUGAUAAAGCAUUUAAUGCCUACUUAUUUAAGAUAGAUAAUAACUACGAGUUUUUUAGUAAGAUUAUCAGAAACCUAUCAACCUUUGAUUGUUUGUUAUCAUUGAGCGCCGUGAGCUCGAUCAAUUCCAAUUAUGCUAGGCCAAAAAUAGUUGAGGACAAGCAAAUUAUCCAAAUGAAGAACAGUCGUAACCCAAUAAUUGAAAAUUUAUCUGUUAAUUACUCAAAUUACAUAUCAAAUGAUAUCAAUAUAUCAUACGACGAAGACAGGGUUUUGAUUAUAACUGGCCCAAAUAUGGGAGGUAAAUCUACGUAUGUUAAACAGGUUGCAUUAUUAGUGAUUAUGGCCCAAAUCGGUAGUUACAUACCUUGCGACGAAGCCACCGUAGGUAUCUUUGAUUCAAUAUUUAUUAGAAUGGGUGCUAGAGAUAAUAUUCUACAAAACCAAUCAACUUUUAUGAUUGAGAUGUUAGAAUGUAGUCAUAUACUUAAAAAUAUGACUUCGAAUUCACUAAUAAUACUCGAUGAAAUAGGAAGGGGUACCGGUACGAACGAUGGGAUUGCAAUUGCAUACUCUAUAUUGAACUACUUAAUUGAAGAACCGAGAAAACCUUUAACUCUAUUCAUUACCCAUUUCCCAUCUUUGCAUGUUUUGGAGGAUAAAUUUAAAGGUAUUGCUACUAACUACCAUAUGGGAUUCCACGAAGUCUCAAAAUCCAAUCAAGAAUUCCCGGAGGUUGUAUUUUUAUACAACUUAGUUCGAGGUGUAGUUGGGAAUCUGUACGGUCUUAAUGUUGCUAAGCUCGCUGGUAUACCUAAUUCAAUUAUCAAUAAUGCAUAUACUAAGUCAACCGAAAUAAGAGAUGCAAUCGAAUCAGAUUGGCCCAAGAAACUUAUCAAAAUGAUCAAACUGUUAAGAGAGCAAAAUGAUGCUAGGGUUGAGUUAUUAGAAAUAGAACAACUAUGUAAUAAUAUAGACUAA